AUGCACGAGGAAGGAUACGCGAACUAUCACAUGGAGGAGAAGAAAACCCCUCCAGAAAUGCAGGAGAACAAUGUGCAACCUCAGAAAGCCUCUUAUAGAGAUAGGUUGAUGAAUGAUGGUUUUGAAAAAUUAAAUCCUGAAGAAAUUGUUGAAAUGGUGGCUGAAGAGUACCUUUCUGGUGAUGAUGUGAUGGACCAUGAGGAGGUUUCUAAAGUUCCUUUCAAUCCAAAACCAAAUAUUGAAGUUACCCUGGAAGAGUAUGAUGAGUGGUGCAGGUCUUGGAAGCAAUCUCUGAUAGUGAAACCAUUGGGAAAUAAGCUUAGCCUCCAAACCAUGGAGAGAUGGGCUAAUCGAAGGUGGACAAAGAAUUGCACGAUCAGAGAGGACUAUGGAUAUGCGCUUUUUGAAGGACCAUGGAUGAUUGCAGAUCACUAUCUGCUGAUACAGCGAUGGUGCCCUCUUUUUCUUCCACAGGAGACUGAAGUUCAAAAGGUAGCAGUUUGGGUGAGAAUACCAAACCUUCCAACAGAGUUAUACAAUAAGUAUUUCCUAUGGAAGGUGGGAAAAAGUAUUGGAACCAUGCUCAAGGUGGAUGAACACACCUCCAUACACUCUAGAGGCAAGUUUGCACGAAUUUGUGUGGAGGUUGAUCAGAGGAAACAAUUGGUACCGUCCUUCUCAGCACUAGGAAAAGAUUUCUAUUUGGUGUAUGAAGGACUCGAUCAAAUUUGCUUCAAUUGUGGCCGAUAUGGCCAUCGGCUUGAAGGGUGUCCAGAAAAGGAGAAUGAAGUGGCUGCUAUUGGAGGAAGAAAGAAAAUGGAAUCAAAUGAAAAAGGAAAGAAUCCUGAAAAGAAAAUAAAUCAACAAGAUAAGUCAAAGGAAGCAAGGAUUACAGCUAAAGAUAUGCAUCAUUAUGCUAGAACAUCUAACAGUGUGAAAGGCCAAACAUCUGGAGUAAGAAAGAAUCAAAUGCCUAGAUCCCAAAAUGGAAAGUCUAUUGAAGUACUCAAGAAGAAUAGUGUUGGCAAACCAUAUAUGGAGAAGAAGGAAUAA